AGUUCACGAGCUGCUUGUGAAGGCUCUAGAAACGUCGAAUGCGCGCCGCGGUAUUUGUGUUACAGCGUCAUUCUGUAGGUACACCUCUGCUUAAACAAUCUUUGCUUGAGUGCUCGGUACCAGAGAUACAACGGGUGAAGUUCUUACCCAUAUACCCUACAUUGAAACUAAAUCAUAAAGACAGUAUUUUAAAUUGUACAUUUCCAAGGAGACAGCGAACACAUCUACAACAAGACAUGCAUCCAGCAACUGCUAAGUGGUAUGACAGGAGGGACUCUGUCUACAUCGAAUUCUGCGUAGCGGACAGCAAGGAUGUCAAGAUCAAUUUUGAGAAAGCUAAGUUUGUUUUCAGUUGUCUUGGAGGAAUUGAUCAAGUUAAACACGAGAACGAAGUAGACCUUUUUGAAGCCAUUGAUCAAAAUGAAUCCAUGCACAAACGCACAGAUCGUUCAGUGUUGUGUUGUUUGAGAAAAGCAGAACCUGGAAAGGCAUGGCCGAGACUAACAAAAGAGAAGGCAAAGCUAACUUGGCUCAGUGUCGAUUUUAACAACUGGAAAGACUGGGAGGACGAUUCGGAUGAGGAGCUAGGCAACUUUGAUCGUUUCUCAGAGGUAGGAGACGGGGAUAUGGCGUUCAACACACAAGAGGCGAUGGCUAAAAUGAUGAACAACAUGGGAGGUGAAGAUGACUUACCUGAUCUAGAUGUUGCCGAUGAUGAUGAGUCUGCAGAUAGUGACGAUGAAAAAAUGCCAGAUUUGGAAUGAAAAACAUUGUUGAAGAAGGAAAGGCAGCAGGAUUCAUCCAAACUGUAUCUUACAAUUGAAGGCAGUGAAAAAAACAACCCUGUACAGAUGAGUCGGUAGCCAUAUUUAAAUCCAUAGCCUCAGCUCCAGAGCUCUUUUCCAGUCAGUCCACAGAAGGUCGAUAUGCAUCGUGUUGUAUGGAGCAGUAGUCUCCACUUCCAUUUGCAGUGCUGCAUUCCUGGCGUAUCCUGUUUUUUCCUAUUAUUACGAGUAAAUGUUGAUGAUUUGUUUGGAAGUACUUUAUAGUCCUUCUCAAUCUAGAAAGCAAUAUGUUUGGUGAAGAGAAUUUAAAGCAGUUGGCAAAUGUACUGAUGUAAUUAAACAAAUGUUUUACACCUACACCCCAAGGUUCUGUGUUUUCUUUUGUAAUUGUAGUUUUUUUAAUCAUUAAAAUGUACCCCCCUAAAAAUAUGCUUUUGGAGACCCUAGAGGUAUGUGACAGUAGUACAUUUUCUUUUUUGUUCCCUCUUGUGAGCCUCCGCUAUCGGUGGCAUAGGGAUAGUGAAGGUUGUCAGUAGCUUAGCUUUUAAGCUUAACAUACAUGUUUUCUCUUCCCACCUGCUGAAUUAGUCUUAUGUUCAAAACAUUUGAAUAUUCUGAAGUUUAUAUAGGUGCAUGUCUUGGCAUAUUGCUCCCCACUGUCAAAUUUAUGGUACCAGUUUUAUUUUAGAUUUUACUAAUCCUCUAUUACUAUUUGCUAUCUAACAGUCGUUACCCAUCUCAACGUUUACACAGCGUUAUACUGGACUAGAUUUUACCCUUAGCCUAUCAGAUGACAAUUGAGGAGGCUUGAAACUCCGGCCUCUGAAAUGUUUUUUUACCCUCAAUAUUUCCAUCUGUUUAGAGUUCUGGUGCCUGUACACAUUCAUGUACUCCAUGUUCACCUGUGGGGAGGGCAUUGGGAUGUUUGGGGACAUUACUUGUAAAAUGACCAAAUUACAUUUGCACUGUCAAGAAAAUGUGAGAGAAAUAUAAUUGUAGGUCUUGGUGUGUAUGUAAUCCUGUCAGGUUAUUUUAACAGGCUGAAUAACUUCAAUUGAUGUUGAAUUACAGUGGAAAUUCUUUUUUUAUUGUCUACAUCUUUCUAAUAAACAAAGACUCAUG